CUUUCUCGUCAAGAAGCCUUCAAACUUCGAAGGGCGCCAGGAGUUUUUCCUUUAUUUUGUUAAGCUCUUGUUGACAGGCGCCCUCACAGCUUAUGUACAACUGGUGCGAGAAAUUUACAGGGCGUGAGUGUGAGCUUCAGUCAUGGCGGCUCUACUUCAAACUUGCCAGUCCUCUGGGUUAGCUUUUACACCGUCCAUCGCAGUGCUCCAGACAAGCCAAGCGAAUGCUGCUGCACCUCACAUCAUGUCAACUUCCCAACAGCAUUCUAGAACGGAAUGCUGCCAGUGUGCACAGUCAAAGGGAACUUCUUUGGCCUUGCUCAGUAACCGCACCAUAUUAGGGAAAGGAAGUCAAAUUGAGCAAUUGUGGAGGCCUUCCCCGUUGACGUCAGUGGUUGGCCUGCGGCAAAAGAAGCAGCGAAAAGGGGUGGUAUUUUGCGACGCUGAUGAUUCUUCAAGCAGCUUUGACCCCGCACAAUUGCGAAGGGACAUGGAGCGCCUCAAGAGACAGGAGGAGAAGAGAAAGAGUCAGCGGCGGCAGAAGAUUCUGGAAGCGGCAGAUCCUUCUCCAUCAAAAGGUGCAAAGAGAACGUUGAGCGAGGCUGUCUCUGAGGCCCGUGGCUUUGGUGCUGAUGCAUUACAGCAGGACUUGGAAAGAAUAAGGGGCCUGGAGGAUAAGGACAGGGCACUGAAGGCUGGGCGUGAUGGUCCUGGGGACCGAUUGAGCAGCGAUGAGUUUCAAGAGGCCAAGAGUUUCUUUGCAGCAACAAAGGAGUUCAGCGACAAUGCAACCCGCGCAACAAAGAGCGUCAUAGACACCAUUCUCGUGGCCGACUUCUUCUUCAUCAUCCUUGUUUUGCUCUGGCUGAUUGCAGGAGUUGUUGAAAGGCAAGCGCUCGACUCUACGAAACUCCUCGACGUGUGGUUACCCUUAUGGGGGACUGUAUUUCAGCCGGCCAUCGGAGUUCUUAUGGCAGGGACUAUCGUAUCAGGGACGAUCAGCACCUUGUCACAAAAUCCUGACGAGUAACUGUUUGGAGUCGCACCAAACUUUUUCGUCCCCCAUGACUUCCUGAUCGCAAUUCCGCUGCUUGCAUAUCAUGAGCAUAUCUGCAGAUUCGAACGAGUGACCAUUGGGCGACCAUGAACCAGACUAUUAGGUUGAGCAAUGUCAAGCUUCGCCAGUGCUUGGUGAAUGAUGUUCUAUAGCGAUCUUUUCAAAACGCCAUAGCCAUAUGGGCCAUAGGCUUCCAUAGCAC